UUUGAGAAAAGCAAUGCAGAGGAGACUGUGCUCGCCGCAAAUCGCAAAGACGGGGUUCUGACCUGCUCUCCCGUGCUAUACCUUUGGUGAUCGCUGUAUCCAUGGCCUGGGUAAAAAGGUCUCCUCCGCGCGUCAAGGCUGGCCCUGUACCUUAUGGGUGACGGCGAGAACAUUUAUGACUUUGUCUAUUUGAACAAUGUAACUGAUCGCACCUCCUCGCCGCCUAUGCUCUACUUAAAGCAUGGGGUAAAGCGCCUCUUACGGACUCUGACUCCCGUGUUGAUGGAGAGGUAUUCCAGAUUAUCAGUGAGAAUCCCUGGCCUUUUGGGGGGAUAAG